GCCUGCCAUAUUGAAUGUUUGGUAGAAACCGCACCGACCAACAAAAAUGAAACUGAAGCGCUUUUUACUUCGCUAUUAUCCACCUGGAAUUAUAUUGGAAUAUGAACAAGGAGGGAAUGUAAAAACAAAAUCCAUAGACCUGCUGGACCUACGACCAGAGACUGAUGUUGAUGCUGUCGUGGAGGAGAUUGCCAGGAAGGAACCUCUUAUAACAGCCUCCAAAACAGACCAAGUCAGGAAGCUUGUUAUUCGUUUACAAGAAAAGCUGAGUCAACGAGAUGAUCAUCACUUUUAUCUUUUCAAGGUGCUUAGAGCUCACAUACUGCCAUUAACAAAUGUAGCAUUCAACAAGUCUGGGUCAAGUUUCAUCACAGGUAGCUAUGACCGCACAUGUAAGGUCUGGGAUACAGCCUCCGGGGAGGAGCUCCAUACCUUGGAGGGACACCGCAAUGUUGUCUAUGCCAUCGCCUUCAAUAACCCCUAUGGAGACAAGAUUGCCACUGGUUCUUUUGAUAAAACAUGUAAGCUGUGGAGUUCAGAGACGGGCAAGUGUUUUCAUACAUUCCGGGGCCAUACUGCUGAAAUAGUUUGCCUGAGCUUUAACCCCCAGAGCUCUGUGAUUGCCACCGGCAGCAUGGACACCACUGCCAAACUGUGGGAUGUAGAAACAGGGCAGGAAAAGGGAACUCUCUCUGGUCAUUCAGCUGAAAUCAUCUCCCUAUCCUUUAACUCAACUGGUAGUCACCUCAUCACUGGAUCGUUUGAUCACACAGUAUCGGUGUGGGAUGUCAACUCAGGAAAAAAAAUUCAUACGUUGAUAGGCCACCGGGCAGAGAUCAGCAGUGCGCAGUUUAACUACGACUGUUCUCUGAUAGCCACUGGCUCCAUGGAUAAAACAUGCCGCAUCUGGGACGCGUCUUCAGGGAAGUGUAUUAGGACGUUAGGUGGUCAUGAGGAUGAAGUGCUGGACGUUGGGUUUGAUUACACUGGACAGCACCUAUUGACCGCCUCGGCUGACGCGACUGCCCGUGUCUACAAUGCCACAACUCACAUCCUCGUCUCCAAACUUGAAGGGCAUGAGGGAGAAAUAUCCAAGAUCUGCUUUAAUCCACAAGGGACCUCUGUGCUUACAGCAAGUUCAGAUAAAACAGCAAGGCUCUGGGACCCUGAGACAGGCGCAUGUAAACAAAUACUGGAAGGACACUCUGAUGAAAUCUUCAGUUGUGCUUUUAAUUAUGAGGGGAACACCAUUAUUACAGGGAGUAAAGACAACACAUGUCGAAUAUGGAGGUGAUGUUAGUCAAGGAAACAAACUAUGUCAGUAUUAAACAUUUUUGCCAGUCUACAUGGAAGACAGGUUCAUACAUCACGGCAACAUCUUCUUCCAUCAUCAGCUGUAGGCCUGAUCACCAAGGUUACAGAGGUCAUUUGCAUUAGUGACGGACAUCAACCAAUGGGAACUCCUGUUACAGUAUUUGUCUCCAGGAUAUUCUACUUUUUUAGGAAUCCAUUUCAACUAUCAGGAUGCACUAAGAUAUAUCGGAUGUGAUAAUUCCAACUGAAUGGAGUGACCAAUUUCUAGUUUUCCAUUUCAUGAUAUAGUUUGUCAUGACUGGAUUCCUCACUCCUAGAAGUAGGUUUUGAAUUAAAUUGCCUGUUACGAGAGGGUUAAGAAACAGUACUGGAGAGCAAGGAGUCUAGUUUUUCUUAUAGCAAGCCAGGAAGUAAGAAUAGAUAGUUAAUCAUGAAUGCUUGAAUAAAUGAAUUUGCUUGUCAGUAAUUUGAUUAGAAGAGUCUGUUUGAAAUGAUUUAUAUUACAUUAAACAUUGGACAUGUGUUUUAGCUAUUUGAUGGCAUUGUCCACAUGCACAGCUUUGAAUUCAUGAAUUUACAUCAUGCAACAUAGGUCAGUGUAUCAUGGAAAAUUAGAGUAGUAUGGCUACAUAAAGCAGAUACUCCCAGUGUUAACAGUUGGAUUUUAUAUAAAGUGAGAAAAAUUAACUGUCUACCAAAUAUGUAGAAACUUUCAAAUCAGUUAGAAAUUUAGAGCUGUAUAAACUGCUAUUUUAACACUGCAAGAACGAGCUUGUAUGUUUUUAUAAAUAUAGAAUGUGAAGUGUAAAAAGUGUUACUUAUUUAAAAAGAAUGAAUCAUUUGUGUU